UAGGUUGCCGUAGACAGGACCAGCCGCAUGCGCAUUUGCGCUUCAUUCCGAAAAACAAUGGCGUCCUCCUUUGCUGUGUGCAGGUUACAUAUGAGAGGAAGGGCCAGCCUGGCGAAGUGCCUACAGAAAACCGACGCGUUUCUUCACAGAAGUAUAGGAACAGACGUCGUUAUUGCCCGAGCUGAGGCCACUCGAAGUGACGAAAGUGAUGAAAAGAAUGGAAGGAAGUCUCUGCACACUCUCCACAUGGAGAGACAAGAACAAGCAGAGAGGUCCGUUCUCAUCAGCUGUCAGUCCAGUACCAAUGAGAAAAAGUUCCUCAAGUAUUUAUCAAAACAUGGAGAAAUCAAUAAAUACUUCUUUUAUGAAAGCUAUGGAGUGUAUGCUGUAGUGGAGUUUGCCAACCAGGAAAGUGUUACGUCUUUACUUGAAGGGGUGGCAAUUCCUGGUGGCAGCCACGAAUCCGCAGUGCCUUUCAAAUCCAGACUGUUGUCACUCAGAAACCUCGGCUCAGUGGACUCAUCAAACCAACUGUCAGGCCGGCAGUGCCAACCUCAGACCACUAUUCCCAUCAAUGAGCUAAUAAAGAGACUUUCCAGAGAAGAGAGUAUAGACAAGCAGAUAAGCUCCUUGACUGAAGCCUAUCAACUCACAGAGGAGAACAGCAGGCUGCGUUUCCUCGUCUGUUCCCUGCUCAAGGAUAUUGCUACCGCUUAUUUUCCAGAAUGCACCAUCAAACCCUUUGGCUCAUCAGUGAAUGGCUUUGGAAAGCUUGGCUGUGACCUGGACAUGUUGCUGGAUCUGGACAGCAUCACUGGACGCAAUGUGAAACUGCCUAAGUCAGGCCUCUCCCUGGAGUACCAGAUGAAGCGGGCCAAUUCAGAGCGAGCCGUUACUCAGAGCAUCCUGUCUGUGAUCGGGGAGUGCGUCGACCAGUUUGGGCCCGGCUGCGUGGGGGUACAGAAAAUUCUCAACGCACGGUGCCCUCUGGUCCGUUUCGCCCACCAGCCGUCUGGCUUUCAGUGUGACCUCACAGCCAACAACAGGGUGGCGAUGAAGAGCACAGAGUUGCUCUACCUGUAUGGAGAGCUGGACCCUCGGGUGCGCAGCCUGGUGUUCACUGUACGCUGCUGGGCCCGAGCUCACGGAGUCACCAGCAGCAUCCCCGGGGCCUGGAUCACCAACUUCUCCCUCACUGUCAUGGUGCUGUUCUUCCUGCAGAAGAGGACUCCUCCCAUCAUCCCCACACUGGACCACCUGCGGGACCUCGCAGGCCCCGGGGACAAGAGCGUGAUUGAGGGGAACGACUGCACAUUUGUCAGUGACUUCAACAAGAUCCAGCUUCAGAGCAACACAGAGACGCUAGAGCAACUGCUGGGUGAGUUCUUCGAGUUCUACGCCACCUUCCCAUUCAGCCGGAUGUCCAUAAAUAUCAGAAAGGGCAAGGAGCAGAACAAACCAGAGGUGGCCCCGCUGCACAUCCAGAACCCGUUUGAAACCUCUUUAAACGUCAGCAAGAACGUCAACGCCAGCCAACUCGACCGAUUCGUGGCUUUGUGUCAGGAGAGCGCCUGGCUGCUCCAGCAGAGUGAAACCAGCACACCAAGAGGUGGUGGUGCGGGAGGCGAAGGUGCACCCACACCUUGGGGACUCGCUACCCUCCUUCUGCCUUCGCAGGUCGCAGGGAUCAAAAGUCGCAAGAAAAGGAGGAGGGAGCCGGCCAGUGAAAGGAUCAAGGGCUUGCUAGAAUCAUUAAAAAAUAAAAAUCAACUAAAGAAGAGCUAGAAGGACUCUUCCAUGUCUCCACUCUCUUGUCAGGACUUCAACCUCCUCAGUGUUGCUUUGUGAUGCUUCACUGUGAAGGUGAGAGAAGAGGCUCCAGGAACUAGACUGUAGUUCCAAACAUGGACACUGGAGGGUGUUAGUGAGACCUAUAAGUGCAUAUGUUUUGGGACCUGAAAUAAGGGAGUCUUGGCCAUGUAGGCUGUAGACUUUCCCACUCUGUUGUGAUUAAAGACAAUACUGUGUAAUUCAGUCUGGCCUGAUGCUUGUUUCGUAGCUCAGUGUUUAACAGGUUAAUUUGAUUCAUUAUCAUGUGCAUCACUGUUAACAGCAUCAGCACAGACACCAUCUGUUUACACUUCAGGCUAAAUCAUUAUGCAUACAGUUACAAUAUGGACGGAAUAAUUAAGGUUUUACUGAAAACUGUAUACACUUGUUACACUUAUGGAGCCCCAACACGAGUAAAGGCAGCAGAAGUGUAGCAAAAUACAUCAGAAUCAUAAAUACUAAAUAACCAUGGAAAGAAAUUUCAUACUUUUUAAAAUUAUCAUUGUCUGAUAAAAUAAAUUCUAAAAUUUCAGUUUUUCCAGGCAGUAUGAUCUUUUUUUUUUUUUUUUUUUUUGAGACAUGAGAAGAGGUGUGUGUGUGUUUGUGUGUGUGUUUUUAUCUGAAAAUAUAUCAUUUCAAGUGUAAUUAAAGCAGCAAAGUGGGACAAAAACUUGACUCUGUUAGAACUGUUACAGAAGUAGUACCAUUGGUAGUUGGAGAAAGAAUAAACUUUAUAUAAACAGCUUUUAUAUCUGAUUUUUACAGGUUUAGUGGUAAAAACUAUCCGAUUUAUCUGAUACAGAGUUAUAACAGUAAAAUUUGAUCUACUUUGUGUGCUUUUACUGCAAAUAUUGUAUUACAGCUAAUAACCCUUGAGUAAUAAUAGCUCUUCUUCCUAUUUACUUUGUAACUGCAGGUAAUGCUAAAAAAAGUUCAUGCUAUUCUUUCUCUAACACUACAUAACCAGUAAACACAAUUUUGGAACACUUCAACUUUGAGUUGUUACUGAAGUGUACUUUAUGUCAUUCUGACAGCAACAUAAAGCACAACUUUUAGGACAGUAUUGUUGUAAGACACCCAGCUUAAAUAUAAAGGAACCCUCAAUUAUCACAGUAUAACACAAAGUCACUUAAACUUAAGGGAUAUCAAUCUGUUCUGUUAGGAAGCAUAACCCACUGUGAAUCAGUUUCAUCUGCUUUGGUGCAAGUGACAGUGACAACAGGUGCACUCGAGAGGCAACAACAAGGCAAUCCCCCAAAAGGGAAUGGUUCUGCAAGUGGUGACUACAGACCAUUGCUGUCUUCUUAUCCCUCCUGACUAAUUUUUCUGUUUCUGUUUGGUAAUAAGGGCCGUGUUUGCCGGAUGGCAUCUUCCCACACACACAGAUGACAGCUGUCCUUGUCUCAUGUGAUUGAUGAAGUUCUAUUAGCAAGACCCGAUACCUGUAGUCCAUUCAGGUGGAACAGGUAUUUUAGUGUGUGAGUGUGAAAAACAUACCAAGAGAUGGACUGUUGCAUAAGGCAAGAUGGAUUCAAGGUCAACUUGGCAGAACCAGUAUCUUCUGCUUUUUGUGAGAAAGAACAGGAAGAGCAUCGCCAGAUAACUUUGGCCUUUGUUCAAUACUGUGAUUAUCUACGGUUCCCUUCAUCUUUUGGAGUGGUUUAUACAAGAAGUUCAGGGACAGUUUGAUCUCACUUUCAUACAGAGAAUUUCAUAAUCAGCAAAAGUUGGGGAACCUGAAUCUACUUCCACUUCAGGAAAGCUGUAAGUUAACCAGUUCUUAACCUAUAAAAACAUAAUCCUCUAUAAAACUUUUAUGUCUUUCUUUCACUUAUUUUUUGAUUUUACACAACUUGAUUUGAAGUGCUAAAAACUGAAUUGUAAAACAACUACAAAAAUGGGAUGCAUUUUCCAUAUGUAUAACAGACUACGAUGGAACUCUAAUAUGAUAUCUUUGCAAUUUUGUAGUGAUGUGCAUUUAGUUGAGUUUUUUCUUGACUUGGGCAUUUUCUCAAUAGCUAUCUACAGUUUUGUGGAAGCUAGCUGGAUAAAACAUAGUAUCUACUGCUGUGAGAGAUCACACAGGGAAGCUAAGUAGUAUAGUUUAUGUAUUGAUUACAAUAACCUGCAUUAUUUAAUAGCUUUAAUCAAUGACUGUACAGUGAUUGCCUUUAUUGCUGGUUAGCUUGAAUGCUAUCAAUGGCUGCCAUUGAUAGCAUCAAGCUAGUCAGCUGCAGUAAGCUAAAGUUAUGCUAAAACCAAAACAUCUGGGAAGUAAAAUAAUUUGGAGAACAUUGAGUGGUUGAUCUUUUUUUUUUAUCCAUCUUGCUAGCAGUUAAUGUAAUAGAUAUUUUUAACCAACUAAACAGAGGUUAAAGGAUAAUAGGUGGCUAUAUAUAUUUAUUUUUACACUUCGUUUUAUCCCACAGAGAUCUGAUUAAAUUGAACAAGUUGUACUUUUUUGUGUUUGGGAUGAAAUAUAUAGAGACAUGUAAUAAAAUUUUCAGUUCCUGUGUUUCACAUGUUGAAUUUUUUUUAUUCUGCUAUCUUAAGGCAAUGAACCUACACAGCUUUUUAUGAUUUGGUCAUCUGUGUUAAGAAGAUUGAGUUUAUAUAUAACAAAGUGUGCUAUAUAA